AUGCCUAACGAUACCUCUUCAGAUCACGAUCAUCACAACCAUGAGGAAACGUCUAAAGUGACCAACCUUGAAGAUCACGAUCAUCACGACCAUGAGGAAACGUCUAAAGAGACCAACCUUCAAGAUCACGAUCAUCACGACCAUGAGGAAAUGUCUAAAGUGACCAACCUCAGAGAUGAGUUAUUAAAUGCGCAAAACCUUUAUGUGACAUAUUUGAUUGAUAGAUUCGGUUAUAAUGGUGUAUUAAACUAUGACAGUAUUAUACAUAUGUUGGAGAGCCUGGGGAUAAAUCUUAAAGUACCAGCGAACCACUCCCAUACUGAACACUCUCAUCAAAUAACUGAUAGUCAUGCUGGACAUAGUCAUGAUGCAGAUCAUUCAGAGCAAAUUCAUGACUCAGAUCACGAAAAACAUAAUCCAGAAACAGACCACGAAGAUCGUCAUCAUGAUGGCUCGGAUCAUGAAAAUCAUGAUCAUGACUCGGAUCAUGAAAAUCAUGAUCAUGACUCGGAUCAUGAAAAUCAUGAUCAUGACUCGGAUCAUAAAAAUCAUGAUCAUGACUCGGAUCAUAAAAAUCAUGAUCAUUACUCGGAUCAUGAAAAUCAUGAUGGCCAUCAAGAUCAUCACCAUACACAUUCUAAUAAUACAAGUGUAGGUAGCCAUAAACUUUUAAAUAACUCUGAUCAUGAUGUACGUAGACGUCGCUCAAGCAGUCUUGUGAGGAGACAAAAAAGGAAGAUACAAAAUGAAUCGGAGGACUCUCACAAUCACUUAGAGGGAGGUGUUGAAUCUCAGGCAAAUAAUGAAAAGUGUGAUGACCUGAUCAGCCGGUUUCACAUUCACCGGGAUGAGACAGUGACAACUAACCGGUUACUACAGAUGUGUCCAGGGAUACUGUUCACACUCUCUCGGGCCGAGUGUAGGAAAAAGGUCACUGACCAUCAAGCCCACCCAGUCAAACAGGCUAUCACUAUCGCUUUCACAGAUAUACCAGCAGAAGUGUGGGGAUAUUCAACCAUUGCUGUUGUGGUCAUCAGUUUGGUUGGGCUUCUUGGUGUAGCCGUUGUCCCUAUCAUGCAGAAAGUCUUUUACAACCACCUGCUCCUGUUCCUAGUGGCUCUGGCUGUGGGGGCCCUAGCAGGGGACGCCUUAUUACAUCUCCUACCACAUGUAAGUAAUAAUAUAAAUAUAAAAGGGUCUGUGUUUUUGAAGGAGUCCGGAGAUUUAGCUGAUGACAAUACCAGCAUUCCACUGACAGAGUGUGGUGCCAUGCAUGUCACUGACCCUGACUGUAAGGAGCAGAUCAUGGGCAUCCAUCCAGGACAAAAAGCCCUCACCAACUUCGCAGAGUCAUCCCAUAAGAAUUGUUCACGUGACCAUGAGGACCAAAAUGACAAGGACAAACAGUUUGACAUGGUUGAUCAGGAGAACCCCAGUUCCGUGCUCAGCCAUUCCCAUCAUAAUCAUGGACAUUCCCACAUACUGCCAACUUCUGUGGCGUCCAUUGCAUGGAUGGUCAUUCUUGGAGAUGGAAUCCACAACCUCUGUGACGGGUUGGCGAUUGGCGCAGCCUUCUCAAACUCCAUAACUGGUGGCUUCAGUACAUCUUUGGCCGUUUUCUGCCAUGAGCUACCUCAUGAAAUUGGUGAUUUUGCUGUGUUGCUGAGGGCAGGAAUGACGGUGAAACAGGCGGUCAUGUAUAACUGUGUGUCCUCCAUUCUCGCAUUGGUUGGCAUGAUAAUUGGUGUUGCUAUUGGAAAUUUCGGGGACUCCAUUACCUGGGUGUUCGUGUCGGUGGCGGGCAUGUUCCUGUACAUAGCACUCGUUGAUAUGUUGCCGGAGUUAACCGCCAUGGACACGCGUCAAGGUGAACAUCCAUUUUCCCACCUUCUCAUCCAGUUAGGCGGCAUGAUCCUAGGGACAACCAUUAUGCUCAUCAUCGCUCUGUAUGAAAAAAACUUGAUGAACAUCUUGGAACCAGUGUAAUUUCAG